UGUUCAUUUUAUUUACCUGUACAAGCUUGACGUAACCUAAAUCUAAUACUUACAAACUUCCUCUAACUUAACAUUUUAUUAAUAAGUCUAAAUCACCAUUUUCAGGAAAAGUGGCUUCUGCAAUGAUUGCACCUACAGCAUAUUUAACAUUCAAAGAGGGGUCAGUCUGGUAAAACUCAAUGUCAGAGUGUCCCCAAGGUAAAGUUUUUGUGAUGUUAGGAGUAAUAAACCUUUUAUCAUCACGAUGUGCUAGAGCAACCUUAUUUUUCACCUUCGUGUACACAUCAUGUAGUUUGCUUUUAAAAGUGAAAAAGUCCCUUCUUUCACCAGCAGCCAUUUCUAUUUUGUCUUGUGUGGAUGUUGUCGAAUAUUCGGACGCAUAUUAAUCGAGCAUGCCCUGUCAUGCUAUAUAUAUACAUAUAAUAUAUAGCAUGCCCUGUCAUGCUAUAUAUACAUAUAAUAUAUAUAUAUAU